AUGGCAACGAAUGGAAUACCGAAUUCCGAGAAAUUUACAACAAUUUGCGUCAAGUUAUCGCGGAACACGCCAGCAGAUAAACUAAAACAACUCAAGUUCUUGCUUCAAGAUGUAACCUCUGAGAUAGACUUUCACGAUGAAAAAUUGUUCUUGGAUUUGAUAGCGAAGCUAGAAGCCAAAGAAAUUUUGAACCGUGAUUCACCAGGACGAAAUGAAGCCUUACUACUAUGUGAGAUGUUUGAUGCAAUUUCAUUACAUGGUCUUGCUAAUGAAAUAUGUUCAGAGUUUAAAGUUGAAAAAGGUAAUAUAUAUUUUGUAAUUUGUACAGGCUACACAUGA